AUGGGUCUCGCAUACAAUACGUAUCUCAAUAGCAACAAAAUCUACGGCUGUAAGAACUGCAAGGCGCACCUGUCGAACCAUGACGACAUCAUCAGCCGCAACUUCCGAGGCCAACACGGUAAGGCGUACCUCUUCAACAUGGUAGUCAACGUGGAGACGGAGGAUCCGAUCGAGCGGUCCAUGACGACGGGCCGCCACAUUGUACGCGACAUCAAAUGCAAGCAGUGUAAGGAGACGGUGGGUUGGAAAUACGACAAGGCCUACGAGUCGAGCGAGAAGUACAAAGAGGGCAAGUUCAUCCUCGAGGCCGAGUUGCUCUGCAACGUCAGUUAA